GGACCAUGACGUCAUGAACUUGACAACCAACCCAGUUCCCCACCGAGACAUUUCGCCAUAAUAGUUUGCGCCUCUCUGUUUAAAUACGACGUAACUUUUAUUGAAAUGCAGCCGAAUAAGCGGCACGUUCUGCUUCUCUGGCUGCUUCUCUGCUCCGGUGUGGCAGAAGCGCUGGAGCCCAUUAGCACCACCAUCGCUGUGGGAAUGGCUGCGGCUCUCACCGGGAUUUUAGCGAGAUACCAGAACAUAUUCUUCUAUUUCCACGAGUGCUGCCGACCCGAAUGGAUAUCCUUCAAUAAAACAAGGCUGAAGAGCGACCUGGACAGCAAGCUCUUCGGACAGCACAUCGCGUCCCGCAUAAUUUUAAAAGCUGUAAACGGCUUCAUGAGCAACAACAACCCGAAGAAGCCCCUGGUGCUGUCUCUUCACGGAUGGACCGGCACCGGGAAGAACUUUGUGAGCAAGCUUAUCGCUGAAAGCGUUUACGUCGAAGGGAUGCAUAGCCGCUUUGUCCACGUGUUUACAUCCACCCUUCACUUCCCACAUGCAGAACAGAUUGCUACCUACAAGUCACAGUUACAGCAGUGGAUUAGAGGCAACGUGACCAACUGUGAGCGCUCCAUGUUCAUCUUUGAUGAGAUGGAUAAAAUGCACCCAGGCUUGAUUGACGGGAUAAAGCCAUACCUCGACUACUAUGAGAAGCUGGAUGGAGCUUCUUAUCGGAAAUCCAUCUUUGUCUUCCUCAGCAAUGCAGGAGGAGACGGUAUCAUCGAGACGGCUCUAGAUUUCUGGAGAGAGGGAAAACAACGAGAAGAGAUCGAGCUCAAAGACCUGGAAAUGGCGCUUUCUCUGUCGGUGUUUAACAACAAUAAAAGCGGCUUCUUUCGCUCAACUUUGAUCGACAAGAACCUGGUGGAUUUCUUUGUUCCCUUCCUGCCUCUGGAGUACAAACACGUGGUCCAGUGCGUCCUGGCCGAGAUGAAAGCCAGAAAAAUUCCACUGAACCACGAUGUGGCAGACAAGGUGGCCCAAGAUCUGGUCUAUUUCCCUAAAUCUGAGAGAGUGUUCUCUGUCAAAGGCUGUAAAACGAUAGAGAGCAAGCUGGACUUCUACAUAUAAUGUGAGCAUCCGAAGGACAUGAGGAAGAGUCACUAUGAGCACUUUUUAAAUGACAAGAACCCUGCAGACAUUUGACUCCAAUCAGGAGGCCAGUCUGGCUGAAGAGUUUUAUGGAGGUUUCUCUGUCUGACCUUGUGGCCAUCAAGAUAUCAGGAGGCCUUUUUCACUUACACUGAACGCAGAGCUCAACGCCAGCUGAAUAAAAUCACCAAAUGAUUGGAAAAUGAUGCUUUGUCGCUGGUUAAAGAGCCUUAUCAAUGUUUUUUAUGCACCCAGCCUCUGAUGUCUUCCUGUCAGGGGAACCUUUUCCCUUUGGAGUUGUUCUUCAUCUCUGUGUUAAUGUGGAUGGGGCCACAGGAAAUAACUGCCUUAAAUUGUAAUUUCCAUUUUUAAUAGAAGGAUUAAGCAUCCAGUGCAGUUUGUUUACCACAAGCAGCCAUAGUUUCUGUUGUGAGGGCAACGAGGCUGUAUAGAGAAAAGCAUUUGUUAAAAAGACAAACACCUUAUUUCUUCUAUUUUACUGUUAAAUCUUACAAAAAAAAAUGCAAAAACUAUGAGUAAAAUAUGUCU